UAAGAAAUAAUUUUGGUGUCCGAAAAGCGAAUUCCAAAACGGAAUUUUGCGAAAAGCGUUUUGGUUUUGGUUUUGGUUUUGCGUUUUCUUCCUCUUCUACUUCCUGUCCUUCUCCGCAAGCACUGCGCAGCACAGCAAUGGCUGACGUCUCUAUUUCAUUGCUUCAACUCCUCAACGACGACAACGAUGACUUCCGCCGACACGACGUCGUUGAAGACCUCAACUCUCUUCCUUACUGGUCUCACGAUUUCGAUGCCUUCGACGUCUUCGCCUCCGCGGAUCUCUCCGAUUUCCAACCCUCCGACCUGCGGCCCCAAAUAUCCACCGUCGGUCGGAGUCCGGUGGAUCAAUCGUUGAAUGGCGACGCUUUGGAGCGAGAAUACAUGGACUUUCUCGACCGCGAGAACCAGGUUAAUUUCGUCAUGGACCUCUUCCACCAACGCGUCGAGCAAUCGCCGUCGCCGUUGGAGGUAAUUAUGGACCCUAAUUUAGUGGAGCCGGACCCGGGCUUCGUCGAAGAAAUGGGGCCAGGUGAAUUGGAGCUGGAUCUUGUGCAAGGGUUAGGUCUUCGAGGGGAAGAAAUCACCGGAAACGGUGAGAAUUCUGGCUUUGUCGUGGAAAAUUGCGACGGAGAAGAGCACUUUAUGAGUGCGCUUAGGGCUCUUGAUGUUAGGUCGGACUCGGAUUCGGAUGAAAAUGCAAAUUCGGGGCUGAGUUUCAAUGCAGUGGUGGUGGAUGAUGAUAUCAUUUAUGAAAACGAGAGUGAUCUUCGUUGGGAAUCAUUUGGAGCGGAGGAGGAACAUAGGGAGGUUAAUGAGGAGGAUUUGGAAUGGGAAGAAGUGGAUGAAAGGGGGGAGAUUCUGGGCAUGUUUCUGGAUGCCCAAGAGGAGAGAGUUGUAUUAGGGAAUUUGGAGUGGGAGGUUCUGUUGAACGAUCACCAUAACUUGGAUCCAAAUCCAGAAUUUCAAGAUCAAGAUCAAGAUGAAGAGUACAAUUACGCUGCAGAAUAUGAGGUGUUGUUUGCACAAUUCAAUGACGCAGAGAUUGCUGCUUCAAUCACCACUAGCAGGCCACCAGCUUCCAAAAGUGUCAUCAAGAACCUGCCAACAGUGAUUUUGAACAAAGAAGAUGAUGAUGAUGAUUCUGAGAAGGCUGCUGUGUGUGCAGUGUGUAAGGAUGAAAUGAGAGGCGGGGAGAAGGCGAGGCAGCUGCCUUGCACGCACAAAUAUCACGACCAAUGUAUCCUCCCAUGGCUCAGAAUUAGAAACACCUGCCCAGUCUGCCGCCAUGAAUUGCCCACCGAUGACCCUGAAUAUGAAGAAAGGAGGAGAACACAAAGAGUUUGAAGAUGAUAUAUUUAUUCAGGAGUUAAUCCCCCCAAAUUCUUAUGCUCAGACUAUUGGUAAUAAGCUACAAUAAUUCUUCAAUAUGCUGUUUAUUAGUUAAUACUAUUUUUCUUUCUUUCUUUCUUUCUGGAAUAUGUAUGGUACUCUUCUUGAUUUCUAGUAGUUUUUGUAUAUAACAUAUUUGUGAGA